AGAUCAGUGAUGAUGUAUUUUCACACUGUUGGGAGUGAAACCUAUUCUGCAAUUUCCUGGUGGUUGCCUCACGAGGUGACUUCCUAUACCUGAGCUAUGUAGGCCUGCAAGUGUUCCAUUGAAGGCUCAAUUCAUUCUGCUUGAAAGUCAUGAAGAUAUCUGUUUCAACUGGAGGGGACAUGGCUAGAUUGAUUGUGCUAACAGCCUUGUUUGUGACACCAACUUUGGCAGACAUUAUGGUCAUUAACAUGACCAAUAAUCGUACAGUGGACUACUUUCCUGAUCUCCCUGCAGCCUUUGGCCACUCCAUCCCACCACCUGGGAUCCUGGGCUUUGUGGCAACGGGGACACCAAAUGACACGACCAUCACAAGUGAGGCAUGUGAAAAGGGGAGCAUUGAUCCACCUGAGAGAUUUCCCAACCCUACCAGGCACUGGAUAGUGCUUGUAAAGAAGGGGGGUUGUACUUACAAGAAGAAGAUCCAAGUGGCUCAGGAAGCAGGCUAUGAUGCAGUUAUUGUCCAUAAUGUCCACUCCAAUGUUCUUGAACAAAUGAUAUGUGAGGGUUUUGGCUGCAGUGAUCUGAUCCCAUCUGUUUUCAUUGGGCAAGAGGAUGCAUUCUUCCUCUCCAAUCGAUAUCUCAAAAAAAGCUAUAUGGUUUACAUCAGCAAUGAGCGACCUUUCUAUCUGACCAAGUAUUUGCUUCCCAUGGCCAUCGUUGUUGGGGUUGGCUUUGUCGUCAUCCUCGUCUACAUGAUUGUGAGGUGCAUCAAGGAUGCACGUCGGGCACGUCGCCAUCGGCUGCCAUCCCGAAGCCUGAAGAAGAUCCCAAUGAUCAAAUAUAAGAAAGGUGAUCCCUAUGACACAUGUGCCAUCUGCCUUGAAGACUACAAUGAAGGGGAAAAGCUUCGGGUCCUUCCUUGCUCCCACGCAUUCCACUCAAAAUGUGUGGAUCCGUGGCUGACAAAGACAAAGCGAGUGUGCCCUUGCUGUAAACGAAAAGUGUUCACCCGGGACGAGAAUCCACACCCAGACUCGGGGUCCAGCAGUGAGGAUGAGCGGGAGACUGCCCCACUGUUGGGGUCUGCACGGGGGACACGCCAAACAGAUGGAGGUACCUUCACCAGUUACAUCCAUCCUCUCCAGUCCCAUAGCAGCAGCAUCAGCAGUAGCAGUUCUUCCUCCUCUUCUUCCCCUCCUUCCUCCACACCUGUCCUAACUCAUGCUCAUCAGGACUCCUUGUGUCCUUUGGAUGAAAGUGGUGUUUCAUCCAGUGAGCAUUCCAUCAAUGGAGACCAAGAGGAUGAAGCAGUGGAAAUUGAAGACCCUGUGAUGCAUGUGGACAUUGUCAGAGGAGACACAGAUGCUACCUCCUCCUCAGGACCUACCUCACCAUCAAGAGAUGUGGUUCUUUGACCUGCAGACACUGUCUUGUAACCUUUGCUUCCAUUCCCUCUCAUACCCCUUUAUUGGGCAUUGAAUGGUGUUCACCCCUCUCUUGUCAGAGCUGUGAUCUCCCUUUGUUGCUAGCACCGUUGCUUCUCCCGGUCCGGCUUGCCUGCAGCCCCAAUUUUCUCUUUCCAUGCAGCUGUGAUCUGAUUGGAUCCCUGAAAGGAUUCUUGCAUCCUUUAAACCCACAUUAAGGUCUGGCAGUUACCUUCAUUUUCAUGAGUGCUUGAAAUGUAUUUUACAUCAUUGUUCAGCUAAGAGGUCUAUUAGCAAUUAAUAUCCACUUUCAGAUUGUUGGUAUUUUUUAUUCAUCUUCAGAAUUCAUGCAGGGAUUUUUCCAGUUGGAAUAUAUUCACAUUACCAGUAGGCUUAUUGUGAAGAAUGCAAACUUUGUGCACGUGUGAUAGUUUUCUUGCCAACAUUUUGAAUGGUGUCACCUUUCCUACUCUCAAAGAAAUAAUGAAAAUGGGAAUUUAAAGAAAAUAAACCCAACAAGACAAGUAAUUCAGUCAUCAGUAAAGGGUGAGAAGUGCGUUUGAUUUGUAUCAACUUCUGCUAAUUGUUAAAUUUACAAGGAGUGCAGUUUGCAUUGCUGCAUUCAUUAAGCUCCAAAUAUUAAAAUGGAAGGACUCUGGAGUCGGUCAUGACUUGAAUAUGUGAUUGAGUGAGAAUAGUGGCACUGCAUGAGACAAUCCAUUCCCCUUUGUGGCUAGUCCCAAAUCUUGGAUUAUUCAAAUUGCUUCUCCCCAUGUGAUCCUGUGACUGUGAAUGAGUGGGUCAGCCUUUAUUGGUCUCUCAUCUGUCUUUUCUGACUGCUUGUGGAUGCCAAGCAAAUACACAGAAUGGAGUAUUUUGAUAUUUACAUAAUCUGGCAGGUGUGUUGCAGAGCUUAUCAGAAGGCAGAAGGAAAAAGACUCUGACCCUCUGCCAAGGGCAAAUGAAACACCUCCACUUUCCAUAGGUGUCAGAAACGCUGAGUUAUUGGAAGAAUUUGGUACACUUCACUGAUAAAUUCUUCAGUAUCUUGGCUCACUAUGGAAACAUCUUGACCCAAAACUCUGAAAAUUACAAGCAAUGCAAUACAAAGUAGCAAAUUUUUUUAUUUUAGUUUACUCUUAGAACUGCUGCUUUUAAGCUGAACUUUUAGGAAGUUUUAGAUGAAUCUCUCUCUAGGCUGACAUCAUUCAAUUUAUGGGGGGGGGGGGUGAAGGUCAUGAAGAGGUUUUAAAACAGUUUUCCUUUUUCUUCGACCAGUGAGUGAGGUAAGAUAGAAAAAAAUUUGCUUUGACUUCUUUCCUUGGAACUUUGACAGUUUCAUUACAAUGUCUGUCUGUCUGCCUACUUACUUCUUAUUAGACAGUUCAUAAGGAUGAAUUAGUUCAAUGGAUGAAUAUUACUUGAUGCAGUGAUUGUGAGAGG